AUGGCUUUUUGGUUUGCUUUAUUUCUAUCCAUAGUACUAGUAGCGACAUCACUCCAAUACCAACAAGUGCAAGGCUGCGAUUACUUUCAAGGGAGAUGGGUUUUUGAUUAUUCGUACCCGAUUUAUAAUGCAUCCACUUGUCCCUUCAUCGGACAGGGCUUUGAUUGCGUGAAGAAUGGUAGACCUGAUCGUGAAUACCUCAAAUAUAGAUGGCAGCCAAAUGGUUGUGACCUUCCAAGGUUUAACGGUCGGGAUUUCUUGGAAAGAUACAGAGGCAAAAAGAUCAUGUUUGUGGGAGACUCCUUAAGUAACAAUAUGUGGCAGUCUCUAACUUGUAUGCUUCACUCAGCGGUCCCCAACUCAAAGUACACCAUAAGCCAAACCACAUUCUCAUUUUCGGAAUACGGAGUAACAGUUAUAUUUAUGAAAAAUGGAUUCCUGGUGGAUGUGGUUAGAGAAAGGGUUGGUAGAGUUCUAAAGCUCGAUACCAUCAGCACUGGCAAACUGUGGAAAGGAGUAGACGUGCUGAUCUUCAACACCAACCACUGGUGGACACACACUGGGCGCUCUAAAACAUGGGAUUAUUUUCAAAUUGGCAACAAGCUUUUGAAAGAGAUGGAUCGUAUGGAAGCUUAUAAGAUUGGGUUAACAACUUGGGCUAAAUGGAUUGACGCCAACAUUCAGCCUUCACAGACUAAAGUCUUCUUCCAAGGAGUUUCUCCCAAUCAUGCAAAUGGGUCAGAAUGGAAUCCAAAGGCGAGGAAUUGUCGAGCAGAAACAAAACCUGUGAAGGGAUCGGAGUAUCCGGGCCCCAAUAAUCCUGGAGAAGAUGUCGUAAAGAGUGUGUUGAGUAAAAUGGCUAAGCCAGUUUAUUUGCUUGACAUCACAUUGCUGACACAGCUGAGAAAAGAUGGCCAUCCUUCGAUUUUCGGGCAUGGUGUGCAAGUUCUUUUCAUAUGGAGAUACUUGAGUGGAGAAUACGCAAGAUGGUCUCUAAGGCCAAGUACAAUCCAUCUUCAGUCACAAGCUGAUGACCGCACAAUUCUUCAGAGGAAAGAAAAGAAGAGUGGAGAAUCUUUUCAUGAGUAUGCCCAAAGGUGGCGCGAGCUAGCUGCCCAAGUGCUUCCUUCCAUGAUGGAAGACGAAAUGAUCAAGUGGUUCAUCGAUAGCCUGAUUGGCCUUGUAGCCACAUGGUAUGUGAGAUUGGAGCAAACCUCCAGUUAG